UGGCAGCGCGGAUAUUCAAACUGAAGUUUUCCAGAUUUGGUUUUGCUUUUUUGCUGCUGUAAACAUGGAUAAAGCUAAAUAGUUUUUUCAGGAGAGUGCUCGUAUGGGAAGGAGUUUGGAGGAAGAAACGAUGACCUCUUCACAGUUGAGUAAGUUGCAGGCAGAGAACCAGGUGCUGUCGGAGGAACUAGCUCAGUGUCAGGCAGACAAGGAGUUUGUAUGGUCACUAUGGAAGAGACUUCAGGUAGCUAGCCCAGAUGUGACUCAAGCAAUUAGCUUAGUGGUCCAACGAGAGAAGGAAAAAGCUGAGCUGAAGGACAGAAAAAUUCUUGAGAUUUUACAAAUUAAAGAUGACCGCAUUGCAGAACUGGAGAGGCUGCUGUCACAAAAACAAGAUGACUUUAAAAACUUUGUAUCAAGGAAAAUUGAGAUGGAUGACGACAAAAAAGAUAAAAGAUCGGAGAAUAAAUACCUGAGGGAGCAACAACAGCAGAUGGAAGAGCUGUUGCAGUCAAAGGAAGUCCGAAUGAAGAACAUUGAAGAUAUCCACCAGGAGAAAGUGGAAAGGCUGGAGAAUGAGAAGGAAGAAUCUGAGAAGCAAGUCACACGUUUGACCCUUGACCUUGAGAAAGCCAGGAAGGAAGUCUUGAAGUAUGAAGCUGUCAAUGUGGAUUACAAAAGCCGCAUUAAGGAUCUGGAGAAAGAUGUACAAAAGAUCAGUGAAACAGCUGAGAGAGUCGUUAAUGAGGAGGAUGGAAAUUUGAAGAAGCUCAAGGAGUCUAAGGGUGUGGUUCUUGAAAUAAGAGCAGAGUUGAUGAAAAAGAAUAAGGAGCUGAUGGGGCAUCUACAGGAAGAGACCAAGUUGAGGAAUGAGCUACGCGAUGUACAGACUGCUCAUACCCAAGCUGUUGAGCAUACCACGCACCAAGGUGAUGUUAUACAACAGCUUCAAACACUGCAAAUGGACACUCAGAAAGUUUUAAAGAAUCAGGAAGAUGCGCACAAAGUUGAGACGUCUUCAUUCCAAGCAAUGUACCAAGAACUUCAGUCUCGUUAUAAGUCGACUAAGUCUACAGAGCAGCAGUUAAGACAGAAACUGAUCACAGCACAAAAGCAGAUGCAACAAAGGAAAGCAACAAGGGACUCAAGCACCCAGGUCAACCUUGCAACUAGCAGCAAACCUUUUAGCAAAAGAGAGGAAUGGUUUGAGGAAACAACAGAGAGAGAAAGAUACGUCAGAAAUGAGCUUGAUGAAAGAUACAGACCAGUUUCUUCGACUCCAGUGAGAGGGCAGCAGGUAAAACGUUCUCGCUCGUUGUCCCCUCGUAGACCUCAACGGUUCAAAGCAGAUGGUCCCUCUAACACCGAUAGAGAUUGUCCUGAGAUUGCACCUUCAGAAGACGUGGACAAGAGGGAUCAAGAUGUUAAUGGCAGGAAGAUUGCCGACUUGAGGAAACUUCUGAAAUUAAAGAAUGCCGAGGUGGAGGAGAUGCGAUCAACUCACAGUAAGAGAUUAGAGAGACUCAAGGCACUCCAAGCUAGUUACAAUGUACUCAAGGAACAGAUUAAGACGUAUGAUGCUCAAGAAAGGAACCCUCCAAAGAAGAAAAAGAAGAGUCGUCGUUCUGAGCCGCGCACUCUUCAGAAAGAAGACUCGGAUGGUGUUUGGAAUGAGCUGGCUUACUUCAAGCAACAAACAGUCAAUGUCUUACAGGAACGAAUGAACCUCCAUGAGGAGUUAGACUGUCUAAGAGUUCAGACUACAUCGGAUGCUACAACCAUUAAGGAGUUGACUGGAUGCUUGCAGCAAGAGAGACAAGAACUGGAAGAGCACUUAAGCCAGCUCAAGGAAGUCAGUCGAAGAGAGAAGCAUGAACGAGCUCAGGUGUCUGAACUCCAAAGUAGAAUCAGGGAUUUGGAGAGUUCUAUACAAAGACUUGACAGGGAGAAGAUCCAAAUCGCUAGAGAUAAGAAUCAUCUGGAAACAGAUAACAGGUCACUCCGGAUGGAUGUUGCUAAACAACGGGCAGUAGAAGCACAGAGAGAGUCUAAGAUGAUGGAACUCAAGACAAGUGUAUCUCAACUCAAGAAGAAAUUAAGACAUCUGAGACACAGGCAGAGACACUCAGUGGGAGCGAUGUCCUGGAGGAGAAAUAAAACCCCCAAGGAGCAUCAAUCGUUACUGAAUGGAUCCAUUCAAGAGAUGAGUUCAAUCUUUCCUGGGUUUAACAGCGAUGGAUGGGAGGAGAUCCAAUCUGAUCAGGGCCCCAGAGAUAGUACUUCCCUUGAGAGUUUAGGGCAUCAGAUUGUCCAGACAUCCCGUACGGAUGAAACGCUUGACACUCCAAGACGAAGAGCUUUAAGGACCAGUCUAAUGUCACCAUCUACAAGACAGCUUGAGUCAAUUCGUAACCAUCUCCAGCGCAUGGCGCAAGCUUACGAUGACAAACCCGUCAGAGAUGUCAUCUUAAAAUCAGUCGCUACUCAAACAGAAAGAGUUCUUGAGGCCAGUAUGAUAGACGCCAGCGUGGGUGAAUACCUGAUUAGUGACGAUGUCAGUACAGUCUCCUCCAGCACUAUGACUGAUGAGCCAACCACUGAUACGGACUAUAGGGAUGUUGGGACGUCUCCUCUUGCAUUUCAGCCCAAGUCAGCUGGGUAUAGUAACAGAAGAUCAAACUCCUCAGGCACAAGUGGUCCAUCCCUGACGAGUCUCAAACAAAGAGUUAUCUCCCUUCAGAAACAGGUGUCACUUUUGAAAGAAACAAAGUCAUCGUUACAGAGAACGGUGACAGAGCAAAGUGAAGUUACUGAGCAGCUUCAAUCUGAUCUUAAUCUCGCAAAUCAACGCCUUAAGAUUUCAAAACAGACAAUACAGAGGCUGUCAGUGGAACUGGAGCAGAGUAACCAACAGAGGGCAGUAUUUGAGAAGCAGUUAACAGAUGGUGAAUUGGAUUCGAAGAAGCAGUCUGAAUCAGAACGGAAACAGACGGACAGCAGGCUGAAGGCUCAAUCUGGGGAGAUUGCAAGGCAAAGUACCGUCAUCAAAUACUUGAAAAAUGAUGUGGAAUCCAGAGACGAUACAAUCAAAUCGCUACAAGAAAAAGUGAGUCGUCAGGAUCGGGAUAUUAACCAGAAGAGAUCAUUAAUUGAGGAUCUAAGACUGAAAGCCAGAGCUGUGGACACUGACAACCGGUUGGCAACACGAGCUACGGAGUUCCUUGAAGAGAAGAUUUUAAACUUGACGGAAACAAAUGAUAAGAAGAGGACUGAGGUGGAUUCAAUUAGGAAACAACUGUCUACGGUCACAAAAGAGAAGCGACAAUAUGAACAACUCUAUAUGAAGGUCAAGAUGGAACUAGACAGAAAGGGGAAGUUACUUCAAGAGGCAAACGUCAACUUAACGGAGGCAGAAACGAUCUCAACAGAGUUGGAGAUAACAGCCGGGCAGCAGAUGAAGAAAUUAGCCCAUCAGACUGAGGUGGCUCUGGGUGCAGCUCAUGAGAAACUGAAACGAGCUCAGAUGCACGGAGCUGAGCUGCAGGGAUUCAUCAAGGGCUGAAAAUUACAGUGGCGGCGGCCUGAUU